GCGGGAGAGAGAGCGGAGCAUCAGAGCCGUGUGAGCCGCGAUCGGAGGAUCAUCACCGAACAACCAGCGGCUUGUUUUCAGGCUGCAGCAUCAUGACUAAGGAGGAGAACCUGGAGGUGCAGGAGAAGGAGAGGCACGAUCGGGAGGAGCAGGAGGAGGGGAGGGUUCAGAGAGAGGAGGAGGAGGCCCUGACCGAAGAGGAGGAGGAGGAAGAAGACGAGGAGGAAGAGGAGGAAUAUGAGCUGGGGGAGGAGAGGGAGGGGGAGGAGAGGGCAGAGGUGGAAGAUGAGGAUGACGACGAGCAGGAGGAGGAGCAGCGGGAGGACAGAGAGGAGAGGGAGGAAGAGGAGGAUCCGCUGGCCGGUCAGGAGCCCGAGGCCGAGCCGGAGCCGCUGUCGGUGUCCGAGCACCAGAGCCCCGUUUAUGAGCCGCGCCGCCGAGCUAUGGUGCACCCGUCUGCCCAGGCGCCGCUGCCGAAGGACUACACCUUCACCUUCUUCGACCCGAACGACCCCGCCUGCUUGGAGAUCCUCAUGGAUCCUUCGACCACCAUCCCGGAGCUGUUCGCCAUUGUGCGUCAGUGGGUUCCCCAGGUGCAGCACAAGAUCGACGUCAUUGGCAACGAGAUCCUGAAGCGCGGCUGCCACGUGAACGACCGCGACGGUUUGACCGACAUGACGCUGCUUCACUACAGCUGUAAGGCCGGCGCCCACGGAGUCGGCGACCCGGCAGCAGCGCUGCGUCUCACCAGUCAGCUGAUCUCUCUGGGUGCCGACGUGAGUCUCAGGAGUCGCUGGACCAACAUGAACGCCCUGCACUACGCCGCUUACUUCGACGUCCCAGAACUGAUCCGAGUCCUUCUCAAGGCUGCUAAACCCAGAGUGAUGAACUCCACAUGCAGCGACUUUCACUAUGGCACAGCUCUCCACAUCGCUGCCUCCAACCUCUGUCUGGGUGCAGUGAAGUGUCUGCUGGAGCACGGGGCCAACCCCUCGGUCCGGAACGAUAAGGGCCAGGUUCCUGCGGAGGUGGUUCCUGACCCAAUGGACAUGAGCCUGGACAAGGCGGAGGCAGCCAUGGUGGCCAAAGAGCUGAAGCAGCUGCUGCUGGACGCCGUCCCUCUGAGCUGUAACCUCCCCAGAGCCACGCUUCCCAACUACGACAACAUCCCGGGAAAUCUGAUGCUGUCCUCACUGGGGUUGAAGCUGGGAGACCGUGUUGUGCUGGACGACAUGAAGCUCCAGAGAGACCAGAGCAGAGACGACGUCCCAGCUGCAAACCUCAGACAGACCGGCACUCUGAGGUUUUGUGGGACGACAGAGUUCGCCAGCGGUCAGUGGGUUGGCGUGGAGCUUGACGAACCCGAGGGAAAGAACGACGGCAGCGUGGGCGGUGUCCGCUACUUCAUCUGCCCUCCUAAACUAGGGAUCUUCGCCCCGGUGUCAAAGAUUUCCAAGGCUGUGGACCAGACACCUUCAUCUGUCACCUCCACCCCCCGAACCCCCCGCAUGGACCUGGCCUCCCGCCUCGCUGGAAAGACCAAGAAGGACAAAGAGAAGAAGGAAAAAGAGAGAGAGAAAGCCCAGAGGAAGAAGUCGUCCGUAGCUGGUCUGGAUCCAGAGGGAGUGAGCGUGGAAGUUGGAGACCAGGUUCUUGUGGCCGGACAGAAACAUGGCAUCGUCCGUUUCUAUGGAAAGACGGACUUCGCUCCAGGUUACUGGUUUGGGAUUGAGCUGGAUCAGCCGACGGGGAAACAUGACGGCUCUGUGUUUGGGGUCCGUUACUUCAGCUGCCUCCCCAAAUACGGAGUGUUCGCUCCGCCCUCCCGCGUCCAGAGAAUCGGGGGCCCUAAGGACGGCUCACAGAGCGACGGCUCCAUGGUGAAGAAAGUCCACCAGGUCACCAUGUCUCAGCCCAAACGGAACUUCAACACGAUGCGUUCUCCUAAAGACCUGACCUCUGAGAGCUCCAUAUCCAGGUUGCUUUUCUGCUGUUGGUUUCCGUGGAUGUUGCGUGCCGAGAUGCAGUCCUAACCACGCCCGCCUCUUCUUCCUCCACUCCUCCGCCAGAUCGAUCUCUCUGUUCUCUCUUUUCUCCAUCUUUUACUUUUGCUUUCCUCUGAGUGUCGCUGUUGCCGCUCACGCGUCUCGUAGUGAAACCUUGUCCCUCCUCACUCGUACUCUCAGCCCAAAUCCUUUGAAUUUAGCCGUUCUAUAGCAGAUUCUAUAGUGCCUUGUGUCUGAUCAAAACAUCCUGAAACCACUCUGUUAAGCAAUUCCCCAAAAAACGAUCUCUUUAGCCUUUCACACGUCUUUUCCUCUCGUUGUCCCAGCCUGAUAUUUUCCAGCUGUAAACUUUCUCGAAGGAUGACAAAAACCACAUAACAUCAGUUUGUGCUGCUACAUGCUUUGUUUUCACUGCUACUAGAUUUGGGUCUUGCCAGAUUUUGAAUUGAGAGCAAGAUGAAUUUACCAUAAAUGCGUGUAUCGGCGAAGGACGGCUCCUGUUACAUGAAAACAGAAAUAAGGCCGAUAUCACGAUGACCGUACAGGUCCUGGGAGACAAAUCCUGAGCCCUGACUGAGACUCAGUGAGCCUGUGAGACACAAAUCACUGCAGAGGGUUGUGUUUCCAUGCACAGCAAUGUAGCUGAGUGUCUGACUCAGCCUCAUUCAGCCAAUCCAAUCAGCUGGAUUGGCUGAAUGAGGCCAUAUCAGAGACAGACGUGGCCUCUGAUUGGACACAUUGAACAUGUCUGGGAGCAGCCCUGAGAUGGACCUCUGCUCUGAGACCCGUCACUACACAGGAUCCAGUCUUUAAGGUCAGAGGUCAAACUGAAAACAGGGUUUUGUCAGAGCUUUACUGUCAGUUAUAUUUCGGGUCUGUCAGAUGUAACAGGCCAAAGUUCACAGGAUGUGAGAGAACAAAAUGUAGUCUUACAAAGAGCUGUAGCUGUAAUCUGUCACUAACCAAAACAGCAAACGAUGAUUUCCUCCGAUUCUAAACCCAAAAUGUUCUGAUCCAGAUGUUCUCGGCCGGAGAGAUGUGAUCUUCAUGGGUGUGAGUCGCUGUUUGCAUCUGAAAACGAGUUUCAUUCAAAGCUAAUGUCUGCUUUUGCUAAAUAUUUACUCAUUUGUACAGCUCUGCGCCGCUCCAUCACACUCACUCCCCUCUCUCCUGACGAUUUGAUUCAUGAGUCCGUGAUAUUUGAAAAAGUUUUCCUCGAUUUGGUUUCUGUUUGUGAAAGUGAAAAGACGAAACACAAGUUUAAUCUAAACGUACGUGUGUGCUUACUCUUAAAAUUUCUCUCAAAGUAUGUGCAUAACUUAAAACAGCAAUAUGUAAACAGCCUAUCUCUGUGUGGACGUGGUUCCCGUGUUAACGUCUCUUUACACUCUGUAAGCACACUAAUACAGAGAGAUGAACGCGCUCUGAUGGCCGAGGCCGCUGCAGCCCAGGUACCUGUGUGGAGGUGUGUUCACACCUCAGCGGCUGGGACUCUGUGCUCUGCAGCCUCGGUCGCUCCUGCACCACUGCUGUAGAUCGCUGUCCUCUUCGUGCCUAUGGAAUCAGCUUCAACAUUAUACCGAUGAUAACGACAGCGCUCAGUUUAGCUCCGAUCAGCUGCAGGGUUUAGUCAGGCUGUGAUCCAAAGCUUUGCAACUCAAAACUUAGCCCUGAGCUUUGGUGCUAAAUAAAUCAGCUAAAGGUCACAACGUGCUAAAGGUUUGUCAUCCAACUCCUCGGCUUUGCUCCGAGUUGUAGGCUGAUUUAUGUGGCAUGAACGAGGUGUUGUUUUGGCCCGACAGUCUGCUGUACGUGCUGCCGGCUGAAAGUCUCCGAUCAUUGAAUCGGAUCACUGAACAGCCAGCAUGAAUCCAGGGUUAAUUCAGGGUUCCCACAGGGUUAAUCCGGGGUUAGUCCAGGGUUAAUCCAGGUUUCCCUGAAGUCACACUUAAACUUAAUUUUUCUCCACAUUCGUGAAACGAUCCUGCGUCGGUCAUGUAGACUCUGGGUUGUUGAAACGGUCCAAAAAAUGUCCUGGGAGACAAUCUGUUGAAAAAUGUUAACGCGAUAUGCAGAUGACUCGCUGCUUUACCUUCCUGUGUCCAUGCUAUUGGCUGCUUUCAUCAGCCGUCCAGCCCAAACCCAAAUGAAAGAGCGCCAUGAGCUGAAGUUAAUCUACGUGUCGUAGUUUACAUCCUUUUAUAGUUUCACCCUGGAAACGUGUCGCUACAGCUAAGCUGCUGCCGCACGCCACUCAGUGCUAAAGCUCCUCAGAGGCACAGUCUGCUGACUCCGCCUGAGGUUAACAUUGAUGUUAGUGGAGCACAGUGAUGGUGGAGGUUUGUCUUUGUACAGUAAACGUACGGUGAAGCCUCUGUUGGUUUGAACAUAGUGUUCUGACGACUGUGUAAACGUGGUUUCUCUGGUUAUUUAUCUUACAGCAAACUAAAUAUUACCUACGCUUUCCUCAUGCCGUUUUCUGUUUGAUUCUUCCCACUGUGCUUUUCCUUGUUUUAGCUCUUAAACUACAAACUGCUGUGUCUUUACUCUGACUUCACCGUGUCCAGGCAGCCUGUGGUUCCUGUUCAUUCGUAUGGAAAUCAGUGUGAAAGCUGCUGCAGGAACACUGCAUCCAUUCCUGAGCUUAGUUGCUUUUACAUUAUUUGUCCCAGCUCCGCCUGAUGGUGCGUUCAGGAAUGUAGAGAUGUGUGAGAACUGAAAUUCUCAGAGACGUUGUUGAUGUUAUACUCAGAACCUGUUACAGGAAGGAACUGAACCAAAAGGCUGCCUGGGAGGAAGCAGAUCAAUUGAAAAAUUGAUGGAUGAUUUGGAAAAUGAUUCAGAACCAGUGGCUGGUCCUUUGAAUCCUCUGUAAUCGAUCGGUGUAUUUGUCUGAGAAUAUAAUGUUGAACUCGUUGUCAUAGAAACUAACUCAGCACUGGUUGUUUUAACAUGAAUACGUCUUAAAAUGCACAGUAUAUAGCCUAUAUUUUGAUAACUCCACUAAGUGUACUUUGUGUUCUCUGGGUUUGUACUGUGUGUGUGUGUUACUUUGUCCAUGUGUGUGAGUCACUCCUGUUUUAAACGUGUGUGAAGCUGAAGGACGUUGAAGAGGAAACGGGCAUCGGACGUCCUCGCCCACAGACACUCACUGCAUGCUCUCUCUCUCUCUCUCUCUCAGUAUUGGCUGGUUUGGGUUUUCAGUUCGUGUAUUUUCUUCUCAUCAGCAUGGAAAUGCUUCUGAUAACAACAGUGACAACUCUAUGAAUAUAAUAAAGAAUUUGAUGUGGUUUUUC